CAGCUGGUAAACCGCUGUUAACUGCAGUGGGUGCAACAAUGAUACAACAAACGUUAACAUAGGUUAUAAAUAUAUUUUCAACGUUUACAAACAUGAGCUUGGUCGCUUACGGUAGCAGUGACGAGAGUGGUGAAGAAGACGAGGGCAGUGGCAAUGUUGGAAAUCUUAUCAAAAAAACCCGCACUCUUUUGACCCUACCAGCUCCAAGAAAUAGCGCCGAUGAAACUGCUCCAAGAAUAUCCCAGCCAACCUCAGAUGACAGCGAUGCCGACCUCAUUCCAGUUGUAGAGCCAAAGCUUUUUAAAAACCUGCCAAAGCCCAAACACGUGGACAUCGACGAUAGCGACGAAGUAGAGGAUAUAAAUCUGCAGAAGGAUGCUAAAUUGUCACAGGAUAAAUCUAACAGAAAAAACCGAGGACCAGUCAAAAUAUCCCUACCCUCUUUGUCUGAGUUCAAAGAUGUUGAAGAGGAAGAACAGCAGAGAAAGAGAAACAGGAUAAAACCUUCUGAGAAAGGUACUGGACUUUUUUCAUUACUGCCACCUCCGAAAGGAUCAGCAACAAAAGCCACGAUCAAAAAUCUGAUUCCUGACUCUGUUAAAAAAGUAGCACAGCCCUCUCGGUUUAUUGUGCCGAAACAGACUAAAGUAGUGCCACCGAAGAAUCAGAAUACGAAAAGUACGUCCUCCCUUACUGCCAUAAAUUAUGACUCAGAUUCUGAUGACGAUAGCAACAGUACCGGCGAUACUAAAAGCAAAACACAAGGAAAUGUUGACUUCUUUUCCUUGGCUAACAGUGGCAGAAUAUCUCCAAGCACUGACAAUUCUGAAAAAAAUUUCUUUGCACUAUCAGAAGAACCACAACCCAUUCCUCCAAAGUCCACAACCUUAGAAAUACAUCAGGAAAAAAUUCAGAACACUAUUAAAACCAGCACGGAUACAGGACGUGAGGAAAUAGGGUUUGCUACAGCUUUCCCAACCGAACAUACCAAUGAAGUAGAACCAAUGGAGGUUUCUGAAAAAACAUUAACAAGCAAUGUUAUCAAUCUUCCAAAAGAAGAGAUAAGGAUGAAGAAUAAGGCAGAAGUUGGACCAAAACUGCCAGUACCUGAGCAAGAAUACAACGUUGAUUCUCAGGGCAAUGUAGCAUUCGAUGAAAAGGCAAUAGAAUAUCUGUGUGGUAAGAGAGGUGUUAAGCGAAAAAAUAAGGACUUUGAUGAAGCAAAUAUCAUUGAAAUAAAUGGAGAGGACAUCAAACCAGAUGAAAGAGAGUGGCUCGUCAAAGCCCUAACAGAAGAACCAGCUGAAAGACCCGUUUCCAUGGAAGGAGCUGGGCCUAGUAGUCAGUCAAGGAAAAAACACCAGAUUACGUACUUGGCACAUCAAGCUAAAGCUAUGGAGGUCGAACUCAAAAAUCAGUGGGCUCAGAAUAGGGUCACCCGAAAACAGACUCAGUCCAAAUAUGGAUUCUAAACUAUUUGUAACUAUAUUUAGCAAUUAAAAGUUAGUAUGUAUUCAUACAACAAAUCCCUCUUACAAAUAGACUGGCUGGACGAUGUAAUAUAGAAUUCAUUUUAAAUAAAUCAUCAAUAAUUUUUUAAUCAAUCAUUGCAUUUCACCACAUAUUUUGUUUUAGAAUUAUUCUUUAUACAAUGAAACGUGAUGGUGGUUAAAUUAAAUUGGAUGUGAAUACAGAAUGAUGAAGUACAAGUGAAUAAUAGUAUGUGAUUAGAUAUUUCUCCUUUAUGCCCAGCAAAGAAAAUUUGUAAGAAGUGUUAACGAUAUAAUAUAGACUUUUAAACAAUU